AUGCAAGUGUUUGUGGAUGCAGUCGCCGCAUUCGGGAAGGCCUACACCUUACCUUCGGCGUACAAGGUGGCGGGCCCACUUAUUGUCAAGUUGAAGCUCGACACGGAGGAGCUCAUCAAGCCAAUUAAAGAGAGUUGGCCGAAAAGCGGAUGCACCCUCACGAUGGACGGUUGGACGUGCCUCAAAAGCCGGGGCAUGAUUUGCGUCAUCGCCCAAAACGACACCGCGCGGGUGAUUUUGGAUUGCGUCGACUCCAAAACCGCGAAGAAAACUGGAGAGUACCUCGCGAAGCUCAUCCAACAUGCAAUUUGCGAGGUGGGGGACAGCCACGUUGUCCAAGUCGUCAUGGACAACGCGGCUAACAACAAGCGCGCGGCAAACUUGCUCAAGGACGAGUACCCGCAAGUCUUCUUCACCAAUUGUGCAGCCCACGUCUUGGACCUCAUGCUUCACGAUAUGGGGAAGGUCAAGGCGGUGAAGAGGGUCCUCAACCAGGUGCAUCGGGUUGUGAUGAUGGUCAAGGGGAGUGCCUCGGCCGUCACACUUUUCCGUGAGUUGUUUAGCCAGCUAGCGCUUGUCCGCCCUGGUGCUACUCGUUUUGGAACGCAAGUGAUCAUGAUCGAGCGUUUCCUUGAGGUUAAAAAGACAUUGAAGGAGAUGGUGAUUAGUGAGGAGUGGAAAAGUGUAGCGGUGGCGAACACGGAGGAGGGGCAGGCUAUACGUGGUCUCCUCUUGGAGGAGACGUUUUGGGACUCCGUCACGGCCAUUCUCGGCCUCAUGAAGCCCAUCUACGAGGUGCUACGCAUCUUUGACCGGCGGUCCCUUGUGAUGGGGAGCGUCUAUGGCCUCAUGCUUGAGGCUACGGUCAAGACCAACGAAGCGGCAACGAAAGCGGCUGCCCAACUCUCCAAGAAAACCGGUUUGCUUCCGGGAAACGAGAAGGCCGCGUUUCUUGCUGCGUUUAAGGCUAUCAUAGCCAACCGAUGGGACGGACAGCUGCACAACCCCCUCCACGCCUUGGGGUGGCUUCUAAUCCCGAAGAAUCAGUACGUAGGCGAGAUUCGGGAGGAUGCGGAACUGAGGGCGGGGGCUGAAGAGGUGUUUAAGGCAAGGGGGGGCAGUGUUGAGAUGCGGACGAUGCUAGCGGUGCAACUAGCCGCUUUUCACAAGGGAGAGGGGAAGUUGGGGUCUGUGGAUGCGCGGUGGGCUGCCACCAUCUUGGUGGAGAGCGGGAGGCUCUCCGCGGCUGAGUGGUGGGCGCUGUAUGGGGGGCGAGAGGAAGGGAUUGAGAGAAGGGGGGAGGAAGGGCGGAAGAGGGGGAUGGGAAGUAGGAAGAGGUGGGAAAUGGCGACGUGUGACGAUGCCACGGGGUGCGGCGGAGAUGGGGUGAGGCAUGGGGAGAUGAGGGAUGGAUGGAUGAGCGAUGGAGAGGUGAGGGAUGGGGAGAUGAGGGAUGGGGAGGUGAGGGAUGGGGAGGUGAGGGAUGGGGAGGUGAGAGAUGGGGAGGUGAGGGAUGGGGAGAUGAGGGAUGGGGAGGUGAGAGAUGGGGAGGUGAGGGAUGGGGAGAUGAGGGAUGGGGAGAUGAGGGAUGGGGAGAUGCGGGAUUGGGAGAUGAGGGACGGGGAGGUGAGGGAAGGGGAGAUGAUCGAUGGGGAUAUGCGGGAUGGGGAGAUGAGGGAUGCGGAGAUGAGGGAUGGGGAGAUGAGAGAUGAGGAGGUGAGGCAUGGGGAGGUGAGGGAUGGGGAGAUGAGGCAUGGGGAGACGAGGGAUGGAGAGAUGAGGGAAGGGGAGAUGAGGGAUGGGGAGAUGAGGGAUGGGGAGACGAGGGAAGGGGAGAUGAGGGAUGGGGAGACGAGAGUGUGGGGUGUGGCGUAG